GAUUUAACAAGAAGAGUACGUGUAUACAAUUCAUUCCUACUUCCUAGUAAAAAGAAUAUCAUGAAUUCAUUCCUACCGACUGUCUCUCUCUUUCAAUUUGUAAUUUGUAAUUUGUAAUUUGUAAUUUAUCUCUCCUCUGAGUCUCAGGCUCUCUUCUCCAGAGUCCAAUCUCCUAUCUGUCUGUCUGUCAGUCAGUGCCUGAAAAGAGUAUUGAGUCCUGAAACAAAAUCAAAGUCAAAAUCAAAAUCAAAAUCAAAAUCAAAAUCAAAAUCAAUGUCCUUAAACUUAAACUUAUAGGCAUUACCUUCCCUAUAACAUUGUUCUGGUAAUAUGUUAUACGCUGUUGUGUCUUUGGGGAGAUCUACAUUCUAAAAAUGGCUAGGUUUCUAAAAUGAAAAAGUGUCUUACUCCAACCAACAAGACGGAGCUGCAAGCUUUUCGAUUUCGGCGUCGUCGCAGAUAUUCCUCCUCAACAGUCGCCUUUCCUUCAUGACGACCAAACGUGCUUAUAAGCUACAGGAAUUUGUAGCGCAUACAUCCACUGUUAAUUGCUUAAAGAUUGGAAGGAAGUCGUCAAGGGUUUUAGUCACUGGAGGAGAGGACCACAAAGUUAAUCUCUGGGCCAUUGGCAAACCUAAUGCCAUAUUGAGUUUGUCGGGUCACUCAAGUGGGAUUGACUCGGUAGGUUUUGACUCUUCAGAAGUUCUUGUUGCUGCUGGAGCAGCAAGUGGAACUAUCAAGCUCUGGGAUCUAGAAGAGGCAAAGAUUGUUCGAACGCUUACGGGUCAUAGAUCCAACUGUAUAUCUGUGGACUUCCAUCCCUUUGGGGAGUUCUUUGCAUCUGGAUCUUUGGAUACAAAUUUGAAGAUAUGGGAUAUAAGAAGAAAGGGUUGCAUUCACACAUACAAAGGCCACACUCGAGGGGUUAAUGCCAUUAGAUUUACGCCAGAUGGGCGCUGGGUUGUAUCUGGUGGUGAGGACAACACUGUCAAGCUGUGGGACCUGACAGCCGGCAAACUAAUGCAUGAUUUUAAAUCUCACGAGGGACAGAUUCAGUGCAUAGAUUUCCAUCCGCACGAGUUUCUUUUGGCAACAGGCUCUUCUGAUAAAACGGUAAAAUUCUGGGACCUUGAGACUUUUGAGCUUAUUGGUUCAGCAGGACCUGAGACAUCUGGAGUGCGUUGUAUAGCCUUCAAUCCUGAUGGGAGGACCCUGCUCUGUGGAUUGCAUGAAAGCUUAAAGGUAUUUUCUUGGGAACCUAUUCGCUGCCAUGAUACCGUGGAUGUUGGGUGGUCUAGGUUGUCAGAUCUGAAUGUUCAUGAGGGAAAGCUUCUUGGAUGCUCUUAUAACCAGAGCUGUGUUGGAGUAUGGGUCGUGGACAUUUCGCGGAUAGAGCCAUAUUCUGUUCGUACACGCUCCAAUGGUCAUUCAGAAUUGAAGUCGGCUUCAACUGGCAAUUUGUCAGUGCAGAAUGAACACACUGCUAAGGUUGGCUCGGGCCGGCUGUCAACAUCACAGAAUUCGGAUCUGGUAGAAAAAGAUGCUAAACCUUCUGGAAGGCUUUUGGUGCCAGCAAACUCGAAUCAAGUGAACAAAGACUCCAGAGUCUCUCCAAGUCGUGGCGUUGUACCUGGCACCCCUCAUCGUGCCAAUCCGAGUACCAGCCCGAGGAACAGCCUGCCAUCAGCAGCAGUAGUUUUGAAAAGAAAUUCCUCAAAAACCCAGUCAACGCCACAUGCUUCAACAAACAGUAAAGCUGAUGUUGCGCCCAUAAUUGUCCCAAGAGAUGAUGUAAGACAAGAGCAGGCUGAAUCCAAAAGAGAAGUUUAUUCGAGAAGAACUGUUCCUCAUCCUUUACAGUCAAAGCCUGCCGAGUCGAGAAGGCUUCAGAAUGCAUGUGAAGAAUCUGACGAACCAACCAUCACGGUCCAAUCUGAAAUUGCAGCUGUCAGGGCACCAGAAUUGAGUGGUGUUGCAAAUAAAAGUGCAUUACCUUCCACCAGGAACCUAAAUAUUAGUCUUCCUGUUGCAGAGAGGAACCAGAAAGAGGACAGAUGUUUUGGCUCAAUGAAGGUUGAAUCUAAUUCCUUGUUGCAGCCUCUUGCCAGCUCCCCCCUUGACAAUUAUGAAAUUCGGGUGCCUAAAACAAGCAAAGAUGCUGGUUCUACGGAAAGCCAACGGGCUGGAAGAACACGCUCAUUGGUUGCAAACUGGGAGCAGAGAGAAAGAUCUCCCUCUUCUGAAGGUCCUACUACUAGCUGUACUUCUGUUGCCAGCAGUGUUGUGGACUCCUUCCCUAUCAAUAUGAAAUCUAAAUCGCGAGGAUCCUCUAUGUCUUGUGAAAAGGAUGUGCCUUCAAUUGCAGAUGACGAUAUCAUUUCCCAGAUAAGUGGAAGGCACGGUCAAUUUCUUGGUUCUUUGCAAUCACGGUUGGGUAAAUUACAGGCAGUGCGUAGAUUUUGGGACCGCAAUGAUGUAAAAGGGGCAAUAGCUGCUAUGGAGAAGAUGGCUGAUCAUAGUGUUAUUGCUGAUGUAGUUAGCAUUUUGACUGAGAAAACUGACAUUGUUACGUUGGAAAUUUGUGCGUGCCUCUUGCCACUACUUGCAAGCCUUCUUGAAAGUGACAUGGACAGGCAUCUAUGUAUUUCACUUGAUAUGCUGGUAAAGCUGGUGAGAGUAUUUGGUUCUGUCAUCUAUUCAACAGUAUCAGCAUCAUCUUCAGUGGGCGUAGAUAUUGAGGCAGAGCAGAGGUUGGAGCGUUGCAACCUUUGUUACAUUGAACUUGAAAGGGUUAAGCUAUGCCUGCCAGCGCUUAUGAGAAGAGGGGGUUCAGUUGCGAAGUCUGCACAGGAGCUGAAUCUAGCAAUAAGUGGCGCUUGUGAAUGAUGGUUGAUGUAGAUCCGACCUGUCUGACAGUAUUCAAUUGAUGAAAUUUCUGCGCCUGAUCCUUACUCUUACAAGUCAAAUACCCUUCUGCAGCAUCAAAAUUUAUGCUGUCUAAGCUUGUGUGUAUCUGGUCACAUGCUGAUUGAAAAUUGAAAAUUGAAAAGGCGUUAACCUAUACUUCUGUUUAUACGUCAUGGCAACUGAAGAUGGAAGGUUAAUUGAUGAGAACACCUGAUUGUCUAGCUCCGCCUCCUAGAGUCACUUACAAUGCAACCGCUGCUUCAUUUUGUGCCUUGUGGAUCAAAAAGCUAUCUAUUUUUUCGUGUGUUAACCAUCCUCUUAACCCAGUUUUAUGCCAUAUUCUGUAACAAGUGGUUUCUCAUGUGAGGAGGUGCAUUUAAUUCUCUUUUCCCAUCUGUGUAUCAAAAAGAAAAAGAAAAAGCUCGUUGUAUGUCAUGGACUUCGUGCACUAGUUGUUGAUCAGUCUUUCCUGAAUGCUGGGGUUGGGAAAUCUAAAACAAUAGUAGUAUAAGCUGAUAGGAUGGUGUAGAAUGGCGCUACCUUAAAUGUUGAGUAUAACGAAAUUAUUAAUUAUGAGUA